AGUCCCAAGCUAGAAGCAGCCAUCACAGAACUCUACUCAUUCUUGGCAGGAUGGCUUCUCAUCAUCUGCUCCUCCUCUGCCUCGCUGGACUGGUAUUUGUGUCUGAGGCUGGCCAUACGGGAUACAGCUGUCCGCUGAUGGUCAAAGUUCUAGAUGCGGUCCAAGGCCGUCCUGCCAUCAAUGUGGCUGUGAGUGUGUUCAAAAAGGCUGCUGAUGAGACCUGGGAGCCAUUUGCCCUUGGGAAAACCAGUGAGUCUGGAGAGCUGCAUGGGCUCACAACUGAGGAGAAAUUUGUGAAAGGGAUAUAUAAAGUGGAAAUAGACAGCAAAUCUUACUGGCAUAACCUUGGCAUUGCCUCAUUCCAUGAGCACGCAGAUGCAAUGUCACCGGGGAAAUGGCAGGGGCUUGUUUGACUUCUGGGGCCCACAAGUCACCAAGGAAGACUCCAUCUACCAAGAAGCAUGUCCUUAUUACCGCUCAGUCAGGCAGCAAAACACAGAGCCCAGUCAGGGCAGGAGCAGCGUUUCAGUAGUGCCCAGCACAAGACAUCGCCCUGGAGUCUCAGCCCCUACCCUUGAGUAGUGGAUCUCCCUCCUUGAGACCGUUGCCUACCUAAGACCUGGGUCUUAGGGACCUGAUGGGACCAUCUAAAAAGGUUCAUUGCCAUACUGCCCACCUGUUGUUCUUUCAUUAGAUCUUAGCUUCCUUGUCUGCUAUUCACUCUUGCAGUAUUCAUUCAAGAAACAUUAAAAAAUAAAAAAAAUAAUAAAAGCAUUCUAUGUGUGGAGCACUCUGCUAGAUGCUGGAGAUUUGGAAAUGAAAAUGCAUCCCUACCCUUGGAAUGGAGGGAAAAGGACUGAUGUAAGACAGAUUAGGCAGGACUGUCAGCCCAGCUGGAGGCCUGAAUAAAUAUGGAGAUCAAGAGAGAGCAAGUAGAGAGAGACGAAGCCCAGCGCCUCACUUUAUCACUGGUGCAUGGUAGGUUUCGUGCAGCUUCUUCUGAUAAAUGCCUCCUUCGGAACUGUUCACGUCUACCUUGGCCAGCGAGCCAGGUGGUCAUAUUAGAUUUACCAAGGGAAAUUGGAAACUUUUAUUUGGAGCUCUUAGGCCUCUUCACUUCAGGGAUUUUUUUUCUUUUUUUUGAGAUGGAGUUUCGCUCUGUCA